AUGGGAGCCGGAACGCCCAAUCAUUGGGAAUGGAUCUAUACCACAUCAGCCUUUCGCUGGAAUAGACGUUCGACACUUGUUGUACAAAUAACCAAGAAUGAUCCACGCCAUGCAGGCGGGGAGAUCUCGGAUAUAUACAAUGGGGCACCCAUUGCCAAGGUGCCGACGCCAAUCCCCCCAAUAAAUCGACCAGCCACGAUUGUAGCAUAA